AUGAGCCCACGCUAUCAGCCGCCGUGUCCUGAUCAUGAAGGAUACAUCCCCGACAUCCGCCAGCUACCACUCAAAGAUCGUCAGACUUUUGUUACCGGUCCAACAGUCAAAAUCUACGAUGGCGAUAUGUAUGUGAUGGACAUCCCGAGCAGGCUCUUCUUAGCCGCCACCGCCAACCCUCGCCUCAUCGAUGACAGUUCAAACGUUCGCCUGCCACCGGAUACAGGCUGUGAAGCCAUCCUUGCGAUCGGUUACUACCUGCUCGCGCUCACUACUUCGGAAGACGCCUUCAGAAUUCGCAACACGCAAGACUUUGAGGCUGAUCUCCGCAUCUUGAAAGCAGCCCGCCUUCUUUACUUGGAGACGUACAUCACCCAUAUCCACAACUGGUAUUGGUGGAAGCUGAAUAACAGGCCCAUCAACGCAGCGAACGUUCAAAUUGUGCUCAAAGUCGCAUUGGGAUCUGAUGACCCAAUCUUGCAACUCGUCUGUAGCAAGAUCGCCGGUCUGAUUCGUGGUGGAGUUGGUGGUGAUAUCGACAAGCUAAAGGUGUUCGUCGAUAGUCAGCCGUAUCUCAAGAGCAUAGUCGCACGUGAGGACAAGCGAUACCAUACCAUCCAAGAGAUUCAGGCUGCCAAAGCCAAAAGUGUUGCUCGCCGUGAGGCGCGCAAUGAGCGUGGUGCGGCCGGAGUGGCCCAAAUUGCCGCGGUGGAUCGAGGGUACGCUUCGGAAGUUGUCGAGCGCAAGGCGGAAGACGGAAACCACAAGCUCUCCAAGAACACGCAGAAAGCAAGCGCUAGGUGGGAGAAGAAGCGAAAGGAGGAGGCAGAGUUGGGUCGCUCGUUGCAGGAGAAGAUGCGCUUGGGAAAGAAUGUGGCUGUUCUCACUCGUGCUGAGGCGCGGUACUACGAACGGAACAAGGGUAAACGCUGCCCGUACAAGGUCAAAGGUUAG